CCCUGCCCACGAAGCAUGGGCAUAGCAACACUGUGGGUGUGGCAGCACUCAUAAAAUUCACCAAUGAUUAUUUUAUCAACAAACAAGGAAUAAUGGCGAGUUCACUAGGCUGGCUGGUUGUGGCUGCUCUAAUAACCCUGGGCUCCUCUACACAUGAGCUAUAUGAUGGAAACUUGAGGCUGGUAGACAACUCAGGCCAAACAGGAGGCUCCUCUGGCAGACUGGAGGUCUAUUACAGUGGACAAUGGGGGACAGUGUGUGAUGACGACUUCAGUCCAAAUGAUGCAAGGGUGGCUUGUCGUCAACUAGGGUACUCAACCUACAGUCGAUACGAUAGCGUUGGAGGACUAAGUUUUUCCCAAGCUUCAUCAUCCACUCGGACAUGGCUGGAUGAGCUUCGUUGCUCAGGAAUUGAGAGUAGACUCAUUAAUUGCCCUGCUAACACUAUCGGAGUUGAAGAUUGCACCCAUUCUGAAGAUGUGGCCUUGAUCUGCACUAAUAUCGAUAGUACUACAACGAGUACUGGAUCUGAAAAUGUGAGACUGGUUGGUCUCGAUGGCCAUACUAGAGGAAUGGGUGGGCGUGUUGAGGUCUAUAUAAACGGCGUGUGGUACACUGUCUCUCAGAACUCAGCCACACUUCAAGAUACGGACGUUAUUUGUCAACAGUUGGGCUUUCCAACUGGCGUGUAUUAUGGCAGUGUGGCAGAUUUGGGAUAUUCCGCAAAUUUUUUUUCUCCUGUGGUUGGUAGUCUUGGCUGUACUGGGUCUGAGAGCAGAGUGUCAGACUGUCCUUACACCCUUAGCUCCAGUUCAUUCAUAAACCAGCUGGCAGUGAUGUGUGGUGGCACACGGUACAGCCAAGGAAGUGCCCAGUUUGGGCCUAUAGGGGGUGAGAUUCGACUCAACACUGACAGUGACUCUCGUCCUUUCUCUGGUCGACUGGAGAUCUAUAUCAACAACCAGUGGGGGACAGUCUGUGAUGAUGGAUUUCAACAAACUGAGGCAGAGAGGGCUUGCAGACAACUUGGGCUGUUGGACAAUCUUUAUUAUGGCAACGUUGGGGACCUUCGCUUUGCACAAGGUUCUGAUCCCAUCUGGAUCGAUAAUAUCGGCUGCAGUUCAGAACAAAGUGAGACUAUUGCCGAGUGUGCCUCUGGAACAUUUGGUGUCCAUGACUGUAGCCAUAGUGAAGAUGUAGCACUGGUCUGUCUUGGAGAGGGUUCCGUGCGACUGAGGUCUAAUGGAGGGCUGGGAUCAACGGGUCCGGACGUGUCUACUGGUCUACUGGAGGUGUACGCUGGGGGUGAGUGGGGGACCGUGUGUGAUGACCAGUUUACGCAGACGUCAGCUAACCUUGCCUGUCGUCAACUGGGAUAUUUUUUUUCAAACAGCUUUGAUGAUGUGGAUAUAUCAUCCAGCAGCCUGCCGAUUCUAUUGGACGAUGUUCAGUGCACAGCAAGUGAUGAGUAUCUCCUCCUCUGUAGUCACAAUGGUAUUGGGUCACACAACUGUGGCCACUCGGAGGACCUGGAGUUGUCCUGUUCCGCUACUAGUACUGGUGCUAUAGUGGCCAUUGCCGUUACUGUCCCUCUUCUUGUCAUCAUUUUAUUCCUCAUCUGCUGUUGUCUGUGCUGCUGUUACUGCUACAAACAGACGUCGUCUAAAUCAGUUGCUCCCAAUCAAGUGGUUGUUCGUCCUCAAGCUAACGCCUACCCCAUGCAAACCGUACAACCGCAAUCAGCGUACCCGGUCCAGGCUGGCUAUCCUCAGCAAUAUCCCGCAAAUCCUCCUGCAAAAUUGUCUCCAUAUCCGACUAACCAGGCUGCCCCCACUCAGAAUUUGUAUGGGUCUCAACCAGCAGCUCCCUACCCGACUGGACAAUAUGCCUACCCCUCAGCCCCCUACGCCACUGGACACCAACCCCCAGCCCCCUACGCCACUGGACAGCAACCCCCAGCCCCCUAUCCCACUGGACAGCAACCCCCAGCCCCCUACCUCACUGGACAGCAACCCCCAGCCCCCUACCCAUCUGGCGGAGUAGCGGGUCCCACAACUCAGCCCCACGUAAAAGAUGCCCCGCCCACCUAUUCUGAGAUAUUUACCGCACCACCACCCCAGUGAGAUCCAGCCUUACCACUGUACACUGACUGCUUAAUUGUAAUAACUGUAAGAAACGUAUCUUUUAGAUUGGACGAAUGUUGCUAGAUCUAGUAUAGUAUAUAUACAAUGCUGUUUUUAUUCCAUUCAACUUUAUUCAUUGCAAUUAAAAAUUUUGAGAAAACAA